CAAGCACUCAUCAAAUUUAUUCUAAAUCACCGGAAAAAACUCUAAAAUUUCAGUAAAAAUAUUGUUGGGAACCAAAAUAUCUAUAAAUUUCGUCGUAGUUCAAAGUUUUAGGCCAUUUUUGCCACACUGUGGCAGCGUUAUUUUAACUGAAGCAUCAAGUGGUCAACGCCUUCCUUCACUUUCGAUUGCCAUGUCCAAGACGAAUGUAUUAAAUGCGGCAAUUAUACGCAAACAUGUGUCCAAGUAAAAGAAAAUCGCGUUUGUGUGUGCUGGUUGCUGGCUGCUGGCAUGUGGCUAUGUAUAAUUGAUAUAUUUUCAUUCUCAAUAAUAAAAGUGGAGGAUGUUGGCCGUAUUAACUUAAAAAUAGCUUGGAAAAGCGACGCUGACUCACUCGAGGCGGCAGACAUGGACAUGGACACUCCAAUCGGGAGACAAGCGUACAAUUUAUUAAGUCCCAGCCCCGUACAGCACCCACCACCCACCACCCACUUGUGGGGCAUGGAGUACGCUUUGCAAGGCCCUCGAAGCUCUGCCGCUGCGCAGCUGCUGCGACGCCGCUGCGCUGCCGGAGGCGCCGCCAUUUGAUGACAGCGUCCGUUGACUGAGGCGCCAGUUUGAUGCGAGGCGUGCGUUGAUUAACUUGUUGCAUACGCGUCCUGGAGAAAAGCGGAAAAGGAGAAAAGCGGGAAAGCGCUCGUUCCGCCCCCACCCUCAGCAAAAGUGAUAUAGACAAUUAGGGGAUCUAUUUUUAAUGUUCUAUUUUGUGGUGAAUUGUGGGAUUAAAAAGCUAUAAUUUAUGGCAUUAUCCGACCAGGCGAAUACACUACGUAUCAUUUGAUUCUGCCAGUGUGUGUGCGCCAUAAUUAUUUGCUUAUUGUGGGGCGCCGAGUGAACUUGUGGCCGGGUGGGUCAGUCGAGCGGAGGUGGCCAAAGAAUGCCGAGGACGGGCGGCAGUCGAUGGUGAUGACACUGAAGGAACGCCCCCACAUUGACAAGCAGCGACAACCGCACACGUGUUAUCGCUAAUCGAUGGCCGGCCAUCAAGAGCCCUAAGCAACUAAGCAACUAAGCAACUAAGCAACAGGAGCCGCUUAAGGUUGACUGGAGACCCAGAGCCCGAGAAUCAGAAGACCCCACCCCACGAGACCCAAGACGUCGGCGUCUCGGUCAACGUCAUCGCAGCCGUUGCCACCACAGUCUCGGUCUCGGUCAACGUCCACGCAACGCGCAGCUAGAAAAUAAAUAAACAGUUUUAGUUGCCGUCCGCGAUUCCUGUGGAGCGGAGUACCCAGCGCUAUACUUUCCCCCACUCGAGAAAUGCUGGCCGCCCAGGAGAACCGCUUUCAGCAUGUGUACUUCGCACUAUCCGCACUGGUGGCCGGCGCCAUACUCAUCCUGGUCUACAUCUCCAUGCGCUCGAGCCUUAACGAGCGACUGCGCGAGGAUCUGGCCAAGGCGCAGCGCCAGCUGAUUUUGGAGCGGCCCAAUCCGCACUGGGACUACAGCAACAGUUGGCGUCGGAUCGGCAAUGCCACCCUCAGGCACGAGAUCUAUUCGGCCUACUUCGAUGCCAGGACGGAUAUCAUAGGAAAUGUCCGCCUGGAUGAGGAGCAGAUGACCAUAGGAUCGCUGCGUGUUUUUGCCAUUUUGCCGGAACGCCUGCGCGACUCCAGUGUGAGCUGCAUCGUGCGAUUCGCGGACUUCACCAGCCAGGAGAUUGUGGCCGAGGAGGCGGGAGCUAUGCACGAUGUGCACAACAACACAUUCGCGGCCUGGAGCGUCAUGUGUCCGCUGCACGCCUCCCGAAACGCCCCCUUGCGACUGCCGCAUGCGGUGGCCUUGGCCUACGCCUCCAAUCGAAACAGUCACCUCAGUCCCACCUUCGUCCAGAUCAGCUAUCCACGCAACAUGACCAAUCUGUUUGGCCGAUCCCGUCCCGCGAUCUCCGUGUGCGUGGGUCCCCUGCAGGAGAACUACUCGAAUGUGCUUCGCCUGGUGGAGUUCGUGGAGAUGUAUCGACUGCAGGGCGCCAGCCACUUCUACUUCUACUACGUGGAGGCCAGCGAGGAAGUGCGUCGCGUGCUGGAGCACUAUCAGCGGAUCGGCCUGGCCGACGUCUUCGAGUGGAAUGUCCAGGCUCAUCUGCAGGAUGUCCAUUACGCCGGCAUAGUGGCGCAGUUCAACGAUUGCGUCUACCGGGCGAAUGUGGUGGACAACUACCGGUAUGCGGCAGUCGUGGAUCUGGACGAGGUGGUGAUGCCGCUGAAGCACAACACCCUGGCCGAGUAUCUGCGUCAGUGCGAUGAAGGCCGCACCGCCGGCUUCGUCUUCCGCAACGUCUUCUUCCACCGGCGGGACAGCAACGACACCUUCAACGCUCCCGCCCACGUCCUCAAUCGGUUGCUGUACACUCAAUCGAAGGUGCGGAGAACGCUGGAGGUGCUGCCCGCCUACGUGCGCAGCAAGGUGGUGGUCAAUGCCAGGGCCAUUGUGGAGAUGGGCAACCACCAGGUGUACCGCUCCGCGCCCGGAUACGCGGACCACGUGGUCCAUCCAACGGUGGGCCUGCUGUUCCACUACCGCGACAAGUGCAUCAACUGCAAGAUGGUGCUGAUCGUGGACUACACGGCCCGCAGAUUCGGUUCGCUGCUCUUCGAUCGAGUGGACAACACGUGCCUCGAGGUGUUCCUGAACCGUGGCAUCUGCGACUUGGUGUAGCCCCAGUCCGGCCAAUCAGUGGUUCCGAUCAUCGACAGACGCCCCCUAAAACCAGGCAGAGAUCUCUCGGGUCAGUUGGUUGCGUGGCCUCAGCCCGUCGACAUGCUGAAGUUCUGUUCGCUGCGAAGGGGCAAGGAGCCAGCGAGUGCGGCUCCCAAAGUGGUUAAGAGUGUACGACAAAUUAGUAUAAGUCCUAGCCGUUCCCACUAAGUGUUAUGCCGCAAUAAAAAGUGCUUUAAGUGAUUUGUGAUGUAA